CCGCCGCCGCCGCUGCCGCGCACUCCCGGCCCCCGAUCCCGGCGCUGCAGGAUGCCGGGGGGCAAGAGAGGGCUGGUGGCACCGCAGAACACCUUCCUGGAGAACAUCGUCCGGCGCUCAAGCGAAUCCAGCUUUUUGUUGGGAAAUGCCCAGAUUGUGGACUGGCCUGUAGUUUAUAGUAAUGACGGGUUUUGUAAACUUUCUGGGUAUCAUCGAGCUGACGUCAUGCAGAAGAGCAGCACUUGCAGUUUUAUGUAUGGUGAACUCACUGACAAGAAGACCAUUGAAAAAGUCAGACAGACUUUUGACAACUAUGAGUCAAACUGCUUUGAAAUUCUCCUCUACAAGAAAAACAGAACCCCAGUUUGGUUCUACAUGCAAAUUGCACCCAUAAGAAAUGAGCAUGAAAAAGUGGUUUUGUUCUUGUGCACUUUUAAGGAUAUCACUUUAUUCAAACAACCGAUUGAAGAUGAUUCAACAAAAGGUUGGACGAAAUUUGCUCGGCUGACGCGGGCCCUGACAAACAGCCGGAGCGUACUGCAGCAGCUAACGCCAAUGAACAAAGCUGAGGUGGUGCACAAGCACUCCCGGUUAGCAGAAGUUGCAAACAUCUCCUUAACAAUGCAGAUGGUGCAACAAGUGAAUGCCUUCAGGUUAACUGAUGAAAUGGAGGUUCUCCAGCUGGGAUCUGAUAUUCUUCCUCAGUACAAGCAAGAAGCUCCAAAGACUCCACCACACAUUAUACUACACUAUUGUGCUUUUAAGACCACUUGGGACUGGGUCAUUUUAAUUCUAACCUUCUACACAGCAAUUAUGGUUCCAUACAAUGUCUCCUUCAAAACCAAACAGAACAACAUUGCCUGGCUUGUGCUGGACAGUGUCGUGGAUGUUAUUUUUUUGGUUGACAUUGUUUUGAACUUUCAUACAACCUUUGUUGGCCCUGGUGGAGAGGUUAUCUCUGAUCCCAAACUCAUAAGGAUGAACUACCUGAAAACAUGGUUUGUGAUUGAUCUUCUAUCCUGUUUACCGUAUGACAUCAUCAAUGCCUUUGAGAAUGUGGAUGAGGGGAUCAGUAGCCUCUUCAGCUCCCUAAAAGUGGUACGUCUGCUACGACUCGGUCGAGUUGCCAGGAAGUUGGACCAUUAUCUGGAAUAUGGUGCUGCUGUACUGGUGCUGUUGGUGUGUGUAUUUGGACUGGUGGCCCACUGGCUAGCCUGCAUAUGGUACAGCAUCGGGGACUAUGAAGUUAUUGAUGAAGUCACUAAUACAAUCAAAACAGAUAGCUGGCUCUACCAGUUGGCACUGAGUAUCGGGACACCAUAUCGAUACAACACCACUGGCUCAGGGCAGUGGGAAGGAGGACCCAGUAAAGACUCCUUGUACAUAUCCUCUCUCUACUUUACCAUGACAAGCCUUACAACAAUAGGAUUUGGAAACAUAGCACCAACGACUGAUGGAGAGAAGAUUUUUUCAGUGGCCAUGAUGAUGGUUGGCUCUCUUCUUUAUGCAACUAUUUUUGGAAACGUCACCACCAUUUUCCAGCAAAUGUAUGCCAACACCAACCGAUACCAUGAGAUGCUGAACAAUGUGAGGGAUUUCCUAAAAUUAUAUCAAGUCCCAAAAGGCCUUAGUGAAAGAGUCAUGGAUUAUAUUGUCUCAACCUGGUCCAUGUCUAAAGGAAUUGACACAGAGAAGGUUCUCUCAAUUUGCCCAAAGGACAUGAGAGCAGAUAUAUGUGUGCACCUAAACCGGAAAGUUUUUAAUGAGCAUCCUGCCUUCCGGCUGGCUAGCGACGGCUGCCUGCGAGCCCUGGCUGUGGAGUUUCAGACAAUCCAUUGCGCCCCGGGAGACCUCAUCUAUCACGCUGGGGAAAGUGUUGAUGCUCUUUGCUUUGUGGUCUCAGGAUCCCUAGAAGUCAUCCAGGACGACGAGGUGGUGGCUAUUUUAGGUAAAGGCGAUGUGUUUGGUGAUAUCUUCUGGAAAGAAACCAGUCUGGCCCAUGCGUGUGCCAAUGUACGGGCUCUGACAUACUGCGAUUUACAUAUUAUUAAACGAGAAGCCUUGCUUAAAGUGUUGGACUUUUAUACGGCUUUUGCAAACUCAUUCUCAAGGAAUCUCACUCUCACCUGCAAUUUGAGGAAACGGAUCAUCUUCCGGAAGAUCAGUGAUGUCAAGAAAGAAGAAGAGGAGCGCCUGCGCCAGAAGAACGAGGUGACGCUGAGCAUCCCUGUGGAUCACCCCGUGCGGAAACUCUUCCAGAAAUUCAAACAGCAAAAGGAAAUGCGUAAUCAAGGCUCAACCCACAUCGACCCAGAAAGGAAUCAACUUCAGGUGGAAAGCCGGAGCGUGCAGAAUGGGGCCUCCAUCACAGGCACCAAUGUGGUUACUGUGUCUCAGAUCACCCCCAUCCAGACAUCCCUGGCUUAUAUGAAAACCAGUGAGGCCGUGAAGCAGAACAACAGGGAUGCGAUGGAGCUCAAGCCAAAUGGAAAUGGAGACCAAAAAUGUCUCAAAGUAAACAGUCCCAUGCGGAUGAAAAAUGGGAAUGGGAAAGGGUGGCUUCGACUGAAGAACACAAUGGGGACCCAUGAGGAGAAGAAGGAGGACUGGAACAAUGUCACGAAGGCUGAGUCCAUGGGGUUGCUGUCCGAGGAUCCCAAGUCCACUGACUCAGAGAAUGGUGUAAAUAAAAACCCACUGAGGAAAACAGACUCUUGUGACAGUGGAAUAACAAAAAGUGACCUUCGCUUGGAUAAAGCUGGUGAGACUCGCAGCCCCCUGGAGCACAGCCCCAUCCAGGCUGAUGCUAGGUAUCCUUUCUACCCUAUUCCUGAGCAGGCCUUACAAACCACGUUGCAGGAAGUCAAGCAUGAACUCAAAGAAGAUAUCCAGCUGCUAAGCAGUAGGAUGGCUGCCCUUGAGAAGCAGGUGGCAGAGAUUUUAAAAAUAUUGUCUGAAAAGAACGUACCCCAGAUCUCUUCCCCCACGUCUCAUUUAUCACCCCAGCACCCCCUCCAGAUACCCCGUCAGGAUAUUUUUAGUGUUUCAAGGCCUGCCUCACCUGAAUCAGAAAAAGAUGAAAUCCACUUUUAGCAUAUACCUAUGUGUAUAUAUGUAUACAGUAUAUAUGCAGAGGUGUAUAUAUACCUUUAUACAUAUAUAUGUGUGUGUGUAUACAGUAAAUAUAUAUACAUAUAUAUUUUCACUUGCAUCCAAUAUGACUUGAACACACCAAGGAUUUUGAUAUGUAAAUAUUGCAUGUCCAGCUGGAUUCUGGCCUGCCAAAGAAACAAUUAUUAACAUAGAUAUUGCUUGUAUAAUAUGCAGUUGACUGCAUGCACACUUUACAUUUAUUUAUAAUCUCUAUUAUGUAAUAAAAGAAUGACUUUUGUGUAACAAAGGCAAUGUACUAUUUAAAGAAUCAGGGUCUAACCUGCCAAUAUUGCCAUGACAGUUUUGAUCUCAGGCUGGGUGAAUUGAGCUUUUAUUUCCUCACUGUACUUUCUGCCGAGUUAAACAGUAGAUUAACAUGAUGUGGAGGAACUCCAAUUAGCUCAGACUCCAAUUAGUAUUAUUUUCUGUAUCAUUCCAUUGCAAUAUACUGUAUAGUUGGUGAUAAAUUCCCCUACUCCUCCUAAAAGGGAGGGCUUCGCUCAGUGGCCAAGGAAGGUCACCAUGUCUGGUGCUGGGGGGAUCACUGGAAUUUAUUUAUGUGGGUAUUGUGCAUGCACAGCCUUUUAUUUCAAGUAUCUGCCUGCUCUUUAAACAUCGUAAGUAAGGAAUAAUAAUGGUGAUUUAUGUAACAAAAUGAAACUAACACAAACUCUCUCAGCUGCACUCCCUGAGUGUUUGGAGGUAACUUUCUUGGAAGCCUCCUUUUACUCAUGCCAUUUUUACUGAACUGUUAGAGUAAAAUCAUGCAGAUUUUCUUUGCAACACUCAGCGAUGGUGUCCGGUUCUGUCAGUAUCUUCAAUAGGAUAUCCCAUUUUUGUAGGGUUGAGCU